GGUACGUCCAUCUCUGUGGUUCGUUACGGCUUCCUGUCUUUGGUGGGAUAUUCAUCAACUCUUCUAAUCGCCCAGACUGCCUCCAUGGUUCUAUUUGUCAUCAACCCACGUCCCUCUUCUAUCUGGCGGGACUGACACCUCUGCCGUCCCUUCGACUCGGAUGUUGCAGCAGACUGCGUCCAACACGCCAUAUCCCAGGUCUACGGUGGACGAAAAGAAACCGGAAAUUUCAGCAAAUCUCCUUUCACGUCGAUUUCAUUCGGAUGGCAGGACUGAUCGGAGGGCAGACUUACAAAUGAACGAAGGUCGAGCGAGCGGAGAGCUUGAGGGUAGUACACUCGGCAGCAGCUCUCGAGAUGGGGCUCAAAAUCAUCCGCGCAGGGCACCGAGCUCAAGUGGCUUCUUACUUGACUCUUCAUUUAUGCCAAGGUCAUCGAGGAGCUUCAGAGCUGGUCAUCGCCCCCGUCGAUCGGAACCCGCCGAUCGCAAGGAGAAGCGCGGCGCCCCCGAACCUGACAUCGCGGCACCUAAGAAGAAGUCACGGUUUCCAUGGAGCCGCCAUAGGAAUUCCCAGGGAGAAAAUGCGUCUGUUACUGGCACUGCAGGGUCUGAAGCUUUUCAACAGUCUCCAUCGAGCCCGUCGGAUGUGUAUCAGCAACGAGACUCCCAUGAAGCAGAAACGACAGACGCAGACCCAGCAGAGAUAGGCUUGGACAAGGACUCUCUUCAAAUUGUCAAUCUGGCUUUGAAUUUGAGCGACUCUAGGAAAAGAAACAGUCUGGGCCGUUCCGCCUCACACCGUGUUUCUGGACGAUGGGCUGCUUCUGGUCCUUCAUCUGUUCCAUAUGUUGCGCCAGCUGCUGUGGGAAGCGUUGGACAGCGUGCUCCUCAGGCACAUAGGUCUCUUGAUGACCCAGGUGCACGACCUGGACUAAAUGAGCCUACUUCCGUGUUGAAUUUACUACCCAACACUGCUGGUAACGAUGCGCUGUCAUACGAGUUUUCGGAUAGCACGUUGGCUCGAGCUGAAAAGGCUCGUCGUCAUUUCGAAUUGUUCUCCGAGUAUCUACGGCUACUUCCUUCUUUGCCUCCUCUCAAGCAGCGUGCCAUAGACACUGCAUCAGCUGCUCCAUCAGGGCAAAGUAACCGGGCCCAUUCACACCGUGUGUACAAUCCUCUUCAGUCUAUUCGCAAUCGCAAAGUCAGAUUCCGAGAGAAGCGACCCAUCAAUACAGAGGCAGAGGGCUGGGAUGAUGUUCGAAAAGUUCAUGAAUGGAUCAACAAUGUCGAGGGGCAAUACAGCCACCAUACUCAUAGCCCCUUCGAGUGCCUGAGCCUCCCAACCUUUCAAUUAGGGGAAACACCAACCUCUCCAAGAGGGUCAGAAGAUGUGGAAAUGUUCGCGGGUUCUCCCCCAUCCAGCUUGAGGCGUGUCAGUCGGACUGGCAGUGUCAAGGCGCGCAGGCCUCGAUUCGACUGGGCAAUUCCGCCGGCCGAACUUCUCUGCGAUGCUGCAUGGACGGAAGACCCUCAGAACAAAAGCAAGAUUGUUGAUAAAGAUGGCAAUCAUCUGUACCCAGACCCAGGAGACCUAGUUUCUCCUGAUGUCAACCCUCAAACAGGACAGAACUUGGCGAAUCGUGAUUCGGUUGACACAGGACAGCCUGCGUCUCAUACCUCUUUUUCUGACUCUCAACAUGGGGCUUCAAAGGUGUCUAAAAAUGUCUCGCGGGGCCGACAACUAUACAGGUAUAGCAGCCCCUCGAACGCUGUGCCUAGCAGCAGUGUGUCUACAAAAGACACGGACUUCGGGCGCCAUAAAACCAGGAAGCGGUCAAUCAGUUCCUCCAACAUGUCUAUUGCGGACGAUAGACACUCCUAUGAUAAAGAUUCUCGCUCUUACUGGAAUUCCCACAUGGAUAGCCCUCAGUUCUCAGGGAAACACCGGCUCCCAAGCCCCCAUGCCUCCCGAGCAAAGGGGCCAAGUCCGCUCCCAGAAGAGGACAAUGACGAUGACCCAAAUCAAAUGCCGGCACAAAGCUCUGGCCCGUCUUCUUAUCGAUCUGGCUGGGCAAAGCAUGAUGAGAAGAGAGCAUCCAUGUCUUCCGUAGCGAGUUAUGAAGACCCAUCUAUCCCACGGAUGUCCUUGGAUGCAAUGGACAGUACAGCACCCAAUUCCCCUGCUGCUCACCCCGGAUAUUUUCCUAGCAUUGCAGUCAAUUUAUCCCCUCCGUCAAGCCGCUCUCCUUCGCCGUCAAAGAGAGCAUUUCCCCGCAAGAUCGUCCAUCGACACGAGCGGAACAAAAGCAAACAUCGAACUAAGGAAUCUCGUGACCGCGUUGAGGAUAGCCCCCUGGACAACGAAGCCUUACGCAAACAUCUUCCACUCGGCCUUUCCGACACUUCAGAUCGGGUAGGAAAGCUUGAACCAAGCCCUAUCCCAGAUAGAGUUUCCUCUUAUCAAGAAGAUCAGCCAACACAUGAAGCAUCCAAAGGCUCGUCCCAACAGGAAUCUAAAUUACGUGGGAUCUUCAAAGGGCCUGGGAAAAUUGCAGGGAAGGUGGGCAAUGAAGUAUCCAAGAUGGGGGAUUACAUAAAGAAAAAAGAUCACCAGCCACACUCUCGACAAUCAUCUUUCGCGUCCAGUGUUUCAUCUGACAGUAGUCUUACGGAUGAUAACGAGGAUGUCAAAGGGGAUGCCAAAGGGGAUAAAAGGUCAGGUCCCAAGGUUCUGCUACGUCAUUUUCCAGCAUUCUUAGACGAGAACAGUCGCUCCCGCAAAGACACAGAGAAACCAGUUACCAAAGGCCCAGGGCAGCUUCCAGCAUUCACAUCUCCAUCCCGACAACAUGGCCGAGAGUCUGAAACUAAUAGUCCCCGUGGUCAUGAGAAAGACUCGCAAGACACUUCAGCCACUCCACGAAACAAGCUCGACACCUAUACGCUGGAUAAACACGCCGGUGGUUCUGGUAUUGGUGGUGCGCUGCAUAACCUCCGGGGUCACCACAAAAAACAUCAAAUCAAAGAUCCAUCUGUGCCCUUCAGCCUGACAAAUCCUCCUGUGACUGGCCUUGCACAAGCAAGAGCAUCUCCAGUGCCACUUUCCCGACAAAAGCGCCCAACCCUGUCGGGCACGACGUCACGUACUUGGAGCAUCUCGGAUCGCAGCAUUACGACAUUAGCCGACUCCGGCAUUCCCGACAAACGAGAAGUUGAACGUCCACGAGCUCUUCUGCUGUCUUCAGGAAUCAAGGCUCGAGAGAUCACUCGUCGUGCUGAGAGUGUGCGCAGCCCACCGCCUGAGUUCCUUCGAAGCUCCCUAGGCCCGAACACUUCCAUUCCACGGGUUACUCGACUAUAUGAGUUUGACUUGGCAGCUCAGAGCUUGGUGCAACGGUUCGAAAAGUCGCAUUACCUCUUCCAUCAAUCCAUGAAUCGGUUUCCCACUGAGACUUCCUCCCCUCUCAAGUCACAAUUGAGCAGCCUUGAAGCUCUGGUCGAACAAUCUCUUACACCACGUGCUCAGGCAGCCGCAGCAGAUGCUGAGCAACUGAGUGUCCACCUUAAUACGACAAGUACACUGGCAGUAAAACAGUUGAGUGAUACCCUCGACAAAGGGCUUCGCAGACGCCGCCGGCGACUGCGCUGGCUGCGUCGUACAGGCUUUGUCAUGCUCGAAUGGGCUCUUGUUGGAAUGCUGUGGUGGGUUUGGCUGAUUGUCAUGGCCUUCAAACUCCUGCGCGGCGUCUUCCGGGGAGCAAUCUCUGGUAUUAGAUGGGUCUUUUGGCUCUAAAUCCGACCUGAUUCUCCGUUCGCAUUAUUUUUUUCCCCCUUUCUUUCAAUCAUGCACCGUCAAUGCCUUUCUUUCUCGAACGAGAUAUUACAUUGUUUACUUCUACACCUGCAUAUAUACCCCUUCUCUGAAGAUCACUUUUGGUCGAUGACAGAUUGCUUUAUACCUGGGCACAUUUCCUUCAGCGCAUGUUUUAAUACUUGAUUUUUUUUAUUAAUAUUCUUGUGUAUAAUCAUUCCAAUGUCUGUAUAUAUUCUCUAUCAGUUUUACUAAUCAAUGUCGAUAUGAACAUUCUGUUGACCUUUGGCGCUUUCAACAUCCAUUACUCAAAAAGC